CGCGGGGCUUCGAUUUUCGAGCCGCCGCCACGGCACGCCGUGCGGCAGCCAAGGGCGCCCCGGCGUCCUCCCCCCCAACCCCCCCCGGCGGCGUUCUCAAAGUGGACUCCUCUGUCGGCUCGCCCAGCCAGCGCAGCCAGCCUCGCCAGUCUGGCGAAGAAUGCCGCCGGUGCGGCAGCCGUACUGGCUCCGAGCAGUCGCCGGGAGCCGACUCGUCGUGUCUGCGUUGUUGCGGCGCCGCCGUGUUCUGCGUUCGUAAACACCGUCGGCCUGACCGCGAGGAUCAUGUGGCGCCGUGCGACCCACACAUCGCCUCGGAUCGUCGCCGACAACGUGGCCCACAGGUCGUCCGUGCCCGUCAUCGCAGCGCUAACCGGCGCUGUUGCGUCUGCAGACAAGCUACUACUACAGCUGCUGAUUUCGAAGGGGUUGUUUGGAUGCGCGGCGACUGUAUAGGCCUAACCGGUUGACGGAACUGACUGUGAGUGCGUGCCAAGUUGAGGCUGGCGCUCUGGUUCGAUCGGCUGCCUUUCCGUACUCGUCGGAUCGCCCUGGCCAGUGCGAUUGUUCAAUAGGAAGUGCCGGGAAGUUCCGUGCACACGGGGCUUGGUGCGCUUGCGCACCUGUCGGGGAGAAUUUUGCCUGUUGGCGCUCGGGGACCAGCCGCGGAUGCUGACUUUUUCGAGCAACCACUUCGAGCUGCCGCCCGCAUGCCUGCCCGCGAGACGGAUUUCUGCGAAAAACGGCUGCAACAACGAGGUUCGUCGCACUGCUGGUGUCAACAGCGGCGGCCCGAGUCGCGUACGCGUUUGGAUGCCAAGUGCGUGUGUGUGUGAAGUGUCGUUCUCUUGCCUGGAGGUUUUCGCUCGCUGGUUUCUUUCACUCAAGCUGAGGAUAACCUCUUUUCUUUCCCCUACGUCCAGAUCUCUUCGUGUCAGAUGAUAGCCGUUGGUUCAAGUGCUAUCCAUUUAGACAGACGUAUGUCUCGUGACGCGAAUCUGCUGUAUGUUUGCAAAGGUCGCUCAGCCGCGGCGACGGAAAUCGAAGCGACCUUCGUGGCUUGUGACGGAUGACGACUGUGUCAAAGCAGCGCGUACUUUCUUUGUAAUUGGGACGACGACGUCCACGGUGCUGUGCUCUUGAAAUGACUCCGCUGCGGCUUCUCAUCAUCGUGCCUCUGUUGGCUACGCUCAUCCCAGCAGCCACUUCACAGACAGUCUGUGCAUACUCACGGCAGUCUUCGGUGCGCCUGCAGCCAUCUAAGGUCGAUGCAGAUGGGCAUAAAGACCAUGAAUCUGGCAACCAGGAUGACCACGAUGCUAGGCGGAGCAGUGGCGACGAACAUCAGCGACAUCGGCAGCAGCAGAAGCAGCAGCAGCAGGUGCAACAGUAUCAAGAGCAGGAGCAGAACCUGGCCACAGGGGAGCUUCUGGACUCGAACACAACCGAGCGCUGCCCACGGGGCUCAAACUUCUGCUACACACUCUGGCAAGAAGAUCCUACAAACAAGACAACACUGAUUAUUCUCACCCAAGGUUGCUGGGGCACAUCAGGUGAAGUGGACUGCAAAUCCUCCAGCUGCAUCUCUACCAAAAAGCCUUCUAAGGCACUGAACAACACAAAGUUCUGUUGCUGCCUGGGAGAUUUCUGCAAUGUCAAUGUCACUGAUGGUUACAUUCCAACUGAUGAUGACAGCACAGAAGCAUAUCUUCCUGAGCAGUACCGUGCUGAGCCAGGAGGCCAGACAGUGGUGAUAGUUAUAGUGGGAUGCCUGCUGCUCCUAGCAACCAUGGUCGGCGUGGUAGUGCUCUACUGGCGUUGCGCGUCACCGAAGCCCAAGCCCGGCCUUGACUCAGCCCACCUCAUGGAGGCACCCCAGCUGCAGUCACCGAUGCUGGACCUGGACAGCCUUAAAAUACAGGAAACCAUAGGAAAAGGCCGGUACGGCUGCGUCUGCAAAGGCUCUCUGAACGACUGCACGGUGGCUGUGAAGAUCUUUGCGCAGCACCACCACCACUACUACGCCAAUGAGAAGGACAUAUACAAGCUCUUCCACGGUGACCUUCCAUUCCUUCCGAGGCUGAUAGGUGCUGAUGAGCGUACAUGUCCCGACGGGAGGCGUGAGUGGAUGCUGGUGCUGACACAUGUCCCCAAGGGUGCCUUGCAGGAGCAACUGCGCAAGACCACAGUAGACUGGCCCAGCUUAUGUCGGAUGGCCCAGUCAAUCACCAGAGGACUGGCCUACUUACACACCGAAGAGCCCAACAAGCCCUGCAUAGCCCAUCGUGAUCUCACUUCGCAGAAUAUCUUGGUUAAGGAUGAUGGCAGCUGCAUGCUGUGUGAUUUUGGCUUUGCCAUUCGAAUCUCGGGUUCCAGGUACAUUCAGAAUGGUGAAGAGCAACAUGCCGAGACCAACUCACUCGCUGAUGUUGGAACGCUGAGGUACAUGGCGCCAGAGGUGCUCGAAGGUGCAGUCAACCUGCGGGACUGUGAAUCUUCACUCAAGCAGGUGGAUGUCUACGCACUUGGUCUGGUCCUCUGGGAAAUAGCUACUCGCUGCUCUGACCUUUACCAAGGAAUGAGUGUGCCAGACUACAAGAUGCCAUUUGAGGCUGAAGUUGGGGCCUACCCUAGCACUGACCAGAUGCAGGUGCUGGUUGCCAGGCACAAGGCACGGCCACUUUUUCCUGACAUAUGGAAGGACAGCAACCCGGCUGUGCGCGCACUCAAAGAAACGAUAGAAGACUGUUGGGACCAUGAUGCCGAAGCCCGGCUGACAGCAGUUUGUGUAGAGGAACGUCUCACUGAACUUCCUGUGUUAUGGGAGAGACACAAAGCUGGCCUUAGCGUGGCAGGAGUGAGCCCAACGAUCAACGCCACAUGGCCUCAACAGCCACGGGGACCUCCCUUAUGCCUGCUCGGAAGCGGUGGAGGCCUCUCCGUGUCUGUAGUAACGCAGAGGGACACAGAGCGCAGCGAGACCACAGCCGAGACGCUGCUGUCACCUAGCCUAUCUUCGGAUGGGGGCGGUGGACAGCCCAAGAACAGCAUCACAAACAAUGUGGUGCACCUGCCCAGUAUGCCACUUCAACCGCACCAGGGCAGGAAUCCGUGCCUCGAGCGGAACCUCAUGAUGGAGCCCGCAGAGGAGGUGGCCAUCAGUGGAAACACCCUGCUCGAACAGGACACGGCUGGGAGAAGCAAGGGGCUGCCCCCUUACACCCGGCUGAAUGAGAUGUCCACAACACCCAUCACUGCCACGGCCGAAGACAACAGCGUAGCACUAGCGCUUGGAGACCUGCUGGGGGGAUCCACGCGCACCUGCCACCCAAUCCCCUAUGUACAAAAUGCAGUGCAUGUCUCCACUGUCAUACCUAAGCAGCCCAACCUACCAGGCAACGGGCACAAACUGCAGGCUGCUGCCAAAAAGCCUUCAGAGAGGCAGAAUCACCAUCCGUUUGGAAGCAUAUUCCGGAAAAGCAACAGCAAGGCCUCCAACAAUGCCAGCAACGCCGAGAGUAGACCACAGCGGCGUGUUCUGCGAGGACUGUUUGGCCGCCGAUCAUGGGACAAUAAUAGCCAGGCAGCAACGGUGACAGUUCACAAAGGCCAAGGCGCAGCACACUCUGAAUUAGUGAAUGCUGGAGGCUGGGUGGACAAGCUGCCGGUCAACACAGAGGUGCAGAUGAUGGUGGACGGGGCCUGCCGGGUCAGGCCUGUGUCUGCAGACGCUGAGACGUCUCCGCUCCUUCAGAGCAAGGACAUCAACGACAACUGCAGAGACGGUGAGGAGGAGGGCAGGCUCCCGCGACCCACCACGCUGCCUCUGCGGACGUACCUGCAGCCCAAGGGUGCCACAGCAGACUCAAACUGUGCCACCGUUCACCAACCACCGUCGCUGGUGCGGACAGGUGGCGAGCAGCAGGCUGGACCACUCGCACAACAGCAGCAACAACAGACGUGCACAAGGGAGGCCUGACAGUCUUUGUCGUAGUUGCACAACCUUGCUUCCUUGUAAAAAAUCAUGCAUGACAUUCAAUUGUAUUUCAACAGAAGUCUAUUGAAUGCAACAAAAGGUCAAUAGAAAUGUGACAGAAUUUCUCUAACAACUUCCGCAAGGGCUCCCAUUACUUGAUCUGCUGACACUGUUGUACUGGCUCCUCGACCAACCCUUGGGGCUGCACCUACAAUGGCAGUAAUCCACUGGUUGAUCGUGAGCAGCUUUUCCUUUUCUCUUGUGGUUGAGAAUUCUUGUUUCUUUCCUGUUGAUUUGCUGCGAGAUCACAUAUUUGCCUGAUGGACUUGAUGAGGUAAAUCUGUUGGGAGUCACUAGCAAAGUGCACAUUCUUGCACCAAGUCAGCAUAAGUUGUGAACGCACUGUAAACUUCCACAUAUAAUACGAAUGUAUCACCCAAAAUUUUCACGUGAAAUUUGGUUCUGAUAUUGUAUCCUGGUACCAAUGUGUUUAGUGUUAUAAGCGCUUUUUAGAAUUAUAUAUAUUCCCUUCCUUCUUUAAAGAAAAGAACACGCUAUGACACAAAACACUAUUGGUCACAUUGUACACAGGAAAAUCUAUUUCCCUUUUUUCCUUUUUGUAGCUACAAAAUUUUACCUUGUGUAUUAUAUCUGGGUCUAUAUUAUAUGCGAGUUUUUGCGGUACAUUUUGAAAUGCCUGGAAAUUAAAGGUUGUUCUUUAUCUGCUUGUGGAAUUUGCCAUAGAAACAUGAAAAAGUUGUUGCGCCUUGAGCUGCAGGAAAUAAUCUGCUGGCUUUGUUGUGUUCAGUGUAUACCUUUUUUUUUUUUUUUUUUUAAGCACUAGAACCAAUUUUUCAUAUAGCACAGUUGCCUAAUUUAUCCUUUUAUUGUUAAACUUCAUGGAUCCACCUGGCUUUGUUGCACUGAAGUACAAUUUUUUACAGAGUUGAUAUCGCUUCGGCCAAUUAUAUUUAACAUUUUCCCAGGAAGAACACCGCAACCAUAGUAUGAACAUAGUUUAUGGACCAUUCAGUGACUCGUAAUGCACUUCAGUGUAAUUUAAACUGAAAGGAAAAUAACGAAAUAAUCUACUUUCUCUUCUCUAUAACUUAGCUGGAUAAGGGGCCUCAUAAGCAAGCACUGCUAGUACAUCAGUGAUUUGCCUAUGUGCACUACAGACCUGAACUCCCCCUGGAGUCACAUUGAAAUUUCACUCCUCAAAGAAAACAAAAAGCUUUGCUUAGUCAAUUCAUUAUGUCAGAAGAGUGCAAUGGUUUUUUCUUUUAUGCGUACUUGCAAUGUGACUUGCAUGUACUCCAGUACAAUGAUCUGACCAGUGACCACUCGCUUUUGAGACUCUUAACGUUAUUGAUUGCUGAUCUGAGGUCCAUUACUUGAAGACUGCUGGAGGAAAACAGUAAAUUCUUUUGUACUAGUCCUGUUCAUAAUACAACUUAUUGGCAUAGAGUUUGCUAUACAUGCUCAUGCUGGUUUAGAUUGUGUCAUCAGCUCAAUGAAGCAGCUUUUGCAGAGUUGUUGCUGUCCAGAAAAUAGAGGGUCUUUCGGUGCAUUCAUUAAAAGAAGUAAAUAGUAAUAGUACGCUGUACAAAAGUCGAAGGACAGUGCUAGAUUUGAGUCGAGUGGGAUGGACAGCGUUACACCUAUGGAAUGAAGAAUUUCUUAAAUGAAGUAUGCUCUGCGGUCAGCUAAACAAUCCUGUGUCUCCUGCAAAGUGCUCCUCUUGCUGUUUUGAGGUUCCAGCGACUAGACUGUUUGUUAAAGCCAAACUACCCCUUGGUCUAGGGGGAAGAGGGCUACACACUUGUUUGUGUGAGCUAAAAACAAACUGCAUUGCUGCUAGAUGAAUUAACCUGGUAGAAAACUGUCAAACGUGGGUAAUAUGUCUUAAAUGUCAUUGCCGUUUCCAAGUGCUGCCACUGUAGAGAUGUAGUGUUGUUUCUAAUUCUGUGCUCCAAAGGCCCUUUUAAAGGCCAACUGCAAUGAAAUUUUGGACGACGUAAUAAACACCUAGUUUCAGAUAGAGUAGAUAUCAAGCAGCCUCCCUGCAAACUAUUAUGUUUGGAAUAGAAGUGGAUGCGCCACGAAAACCUAGCAAAAAUAGACGAUCUUGAUGUCGAAAUUGGAAAUUAAAAAUUUGCCGAUGGAUUACAAUACUCCUUAAUGCGAAAUUUGAGUGCAGCUCUACACGUGUUUUCAUUUCGCGAUACAUUGGCUGGCGCACGUUGCAAACGUAGAAAGCUGUGGUGCGACUGCCCAACUUAUCGGGAGAUUGCGAGAGGUAGCGCAUAGGUGACACGUGGGCACGAUUCACAGCAGCAGCCGCAGACAGACCUCCACUCAUGCAGCGUUUUGUUUCCAUAUAUGGUACCGGUGGACGUGCUCGCCCCAUGCCUUAAUGUUGGCGUCAUCAGUGAACAGACUAUGUGCGCUACUCUAGUGCCAUCUCAUAGCCAUCGUCGCUGCAGAGCCUGUCUUGCCUGGCACAACGCUUUUCAUGCUUUCGCCAUAACCUCCUCCUCCGCUUUCCGCCUCAUGGUUCUGCUGCACCCUCCUCACCCGCUUUCCUCCUCGCGCUCUUUCGCGAUCGCCAUCUUUCAUCCUUCACUGUGCUCUGCAGUCGCUCUUUCAUCCUUCGCUGUGCUUGUUCGCUCAGUUAUGCUGAGGGACGCCGACGCUUGCCGCAGGAAUGGGUCCCUAAGAGCUGCGCUUUAAAAAACACACAAAACACCACCAAGAUUGCUUUAAUAGUAUAUAGUACUACUCAUUUAUAACCAAUUUAGCCAAAGUGAAAUUUCGUAGCAGUUGGCCUUUAAAUAUUUUGUGGCUGCUUUUGAAUGAAACGCAAGUCAUUUUGCAGCCGCACCAGCAGCACUAGCAGUGAAGCCCAUAUAGGGUGCAUUACGGGGCCUACUCAGCCCCAGAUGGUCCCUCCAUCAGCCCAGCUUUCUGUUCUGCUGGGGCAAUUAUGUUCUUCUGGCUGCUGCUAAGCUCAGGCAUGUUACCACCAUCCGCAAAGAGCGCGCGUCUCCUGUAAUGUCUGCAGGUCAGACAAAUUUCCAGACGGUAGUGCAGUGUGUGAUCAUUGUGCUUCUCGCUGUGUCUACAGUUAUUUUGUCCUUCCAUCAUCAUCAUCAUCAUAGUAGCCCACUCCUGUGUUAAUCGUUUUCAAACGUGGAACACCAGACUAGCUUUCGCUGCUGAUUGCUUUGGUAUGCAAAACAUAUGUAGAUGCACUAGAACGCACAAACACUGGCCAUGUGGAAGAGCUAUGAAGUGGGCUAGUUGGUGUGCAUUCAUUUUUUUCUUGCGCUAAGUACCCUCCUGUACUUAGCGCAAGAAAAAAUGACUGACCGUGUGUUUCUGUUGUGUUGUGUCCUUGUUUCAUCCUUGCCACAUGUAGACCCUUCCCUGUAAUAUGUACUCAUGCAAAGGGGUGUCAAAAAAAAUUAUUUGCAUCCAGCAGCUAGCUGCAAGCAAAAGACCAGAGGUCAAAGCCACCUGGUAGGCUGAGCAUAAUAAAAGUGAGCUAGGCAUACCUGUACAGUGGUCACAUUAUUUAAAAAACGGAGUAGCAAGAAAGAGCCAUUAAGUCAGCAUACCGAGAUGCCUGGAGACAUGAAGCUUCAGUGACCAUUGUUUUUGCAUCCGAAUUCAGUGUAGAUAUAUGCACACAUUUGUACAGCUAUGAUAACGACCAGUGCUGCAUGUGCCUAAUGUGACAGUCCUGUAAGCAGCCCAAUGAUACGGCGUGGCAUGCAUUAAAAAAAAUUUCUGGCAUGCAAGCUGUCUGCACAUUACUUUCCGAGGGCCAAAAUUCAGUGUUUGAAAUGAAACAUUUAAUUUUUGGUUUGUUGGGACCCAUCCAAGCAAUGUUUGUGUACAGAUCUUCCUAUCACCUUUAUUUAACAAUGAGGACAGUUUUAAUUGGGAUCAUUUAAUUGCUGCCACCUUGAGCUUUAAUGUGUAAAAUUUGCAACUGUACUCUGGAUGCGUAGUUUUGUGAUCAGCCUGGAAAUACCAAAAAGAGUUUAAGGGCACAUUUGCAGUCAUUGUGUGAGUCAGCUUUGCAGCACCACUGCAAUGAGAAAAUGUUUGCAUUAGUAGCACAGGAUUUUGAAGGAGGUGAAUAGCAACCAAAUCUAAAAUGGUCUGUCAUGAAAACCGGUUUUGGCUACAGAGAGCGUGCAAGUCAGAUGAUUCCAGCAGAAUUCUGAGUUUUUCUUCCCCGCUCAGGGAAUCCUUGAAAUUGUCACUGCAUAGCAAAAAAAGUAGACUAGGAAAUACCCAUGAUUAAUCGAAAAACCCUAGAAAAGGUGACUGCACAACAUUGUGAGCCAACCGUGUGAAUUUUUUUUUUUUUUCUGUCCUAUUUAUACUUCUGCGCUGUGCGUCACCCUUAGUUUGCAUACUUGAGGCCAGAAGCUUGUUUCAUUUUAGGAAUCUCUCUCGGUAGUUAGCACAAGCGCAGAUAAUGACUGUAGGCAUAUUCAUGUGCAGACACCAACUCUCCGGGUUGGGUUGUGUGCGAUAUGUAUACUCUUCAUCAUUCAGAGCAGGGAAGGUUCCUACUUUCGGCUGAAAGGAGCUAUCCAAGUUGCCGGUGAUCAAAAGUGAUCUCUGCAUCCACAGGGCACUUUCCUGGUCAUGUCAUCAACAUUGCUAUGCUGUCUGUCUUGUGCUAGUUUUAGUUUGUAAACACUCCGCAGUCAAUGUUUAUCACCCACACAACUCUGGAAGCAGUUCCUGGUUGGUGUUUUGGUCAUGAUAGCAGUGGCAUCAUGUUUUUCGUCAUGUAAAUAGUUGUAUAAUGCAGAAAGAAAAGCAGUGUUAAAAAAAGCCUUUGGUUCUCAAACUUCCUGAAUGGAUACGCAAGAGGGAACAGUUGAUCUGCGACAGGAAGAAAGUCUCGAAGCUGUGAUAAGUGUGCAGAGUUUUUUUUUUUUUUAAGUGAAAUACCAACACCAACGAGAGAUCAUGUGUGGUGGAGGUGUUGUGAAUGGAAUGCUGUUUGUUAUGCUACUUGAAAGUGGUUAGUGCUGCGUGGCACCAGCCAGAAAAGGAAGACAUCUUGCCGACAUACGUUGGCCACUGUGUCCUUCUUGGCACUAUGUCAGUGCAACAGGGUACUGCUGUACAGAGGGCUUGCCUUAUGGAAAGCGUGUGUGUGCGUAUGUGUGUAUAGACCAAGGGUACUGCCACAGUCAUGGUUUUCGGUGAGGUUAAUGUGACUUGCCUUUAGUGCAAACCAAUCUUAAGUGCAGGAAACUGGCUGUGUUGCCUGUUGCUCCUUCCUGCCACUUCAUUAAAUGAGAGAGAGGGAGGGAGCGUUGAGUGGAGUAAUGCCAUCACUGCAGCAAGUUAGUGAAUAAAUGCCUUGAAAACGUACACUUCAUGACCACUGACACAUGACCUGCAAGACGCACGAAUGCUCAUUUUGUCACAUGCUCACACCUUCUGAAUGUACACCGGUGAGCAAAAGUAUACGGACCAGGGAUUGCGCGAGAAAGCCGAUUUUUUCAACAGCCUGCGAAUGAAACUUGAAAUUGAGGACGGCUGUCCAAACUUGGCAUUGUGAACUUUCCAGGGUACUCGUCAAUUUCAGUUUAUGCAUGAUAAUUACGAAGAAAUUCAGUUUUUUCGGCGACCCUGUGGUCCGUAUACUUUUACUCACGGGUGUACUUUCAAGUAGCACUGUUCAAGUCAAGGGCUCUACAUGGAGGGUUGGACAGGGAGAAAGAGGGAUUUGGAAACAUGAGUGUCUUUGUGUGUGCAGAAACAUUCUUUAAGCCAUGUAAAGGUUGCCGUCUGAAAUCCCUUUUGACGUUGAACUGCUGUCGGUAGUUGGGAUUGAUGGCAAUGCUUGAAGUGAUUUUUGUCGGUGCUCUGUAACCUGUCACAUGCUACAAUUUCUUUUUUUGCAUAUAUCUUUUUUUUUUUUUAAGCACUCAUGAUGUAUGUGUGUUUGUAAGAAAUUUGUUCUUGCCUUCGACUGGUCUUUGCUUGCUGGACAAUUUUGUACUUCUGAGAGGUUGAAUCAUUACUGCCGAUGCAAUCCAUUGUGGGGCAUGUAGGAAUGGGAAAGACAUUUCAAGCAUCCAAAGGUGUAAAGCUUGAGCUCUCAUUAUGAAAUGCCAUUUGUGUAAAUGCAUUUGUGGAACUUAGAUAAUGCAGGCCUGUCUGCAUGAACGAAUACAUUUUAGAGGACUGCAAAUGCAGAUAUGGUGAGUACCACAAAUAUCUGUAUAACUAGAGAUGGCUGGAGCUUCCUCAAUAUAUACUGUAAUACUGUAAAAUCGAUGCUUCUCAUCUAGGGCUUUGUGUUGCCAUAGGUGCUAUUGCAUAGAGCUGCUGAAACAACAGCUGCCUGUGAAACAUAUUUAAUGUUACAAGUAUCUGAAAAAAGCAAGAGUAAAGGAUUGAAUGACACAUGGACGCAAGCACCAAAUGCCAAGUUCUUCAUUCAUGCAAGUUACAAAAUUUCCCAUAGGCCCCAUGUUUCAGAAUUGGGACACAAUGAUUGGCCAAAGUGUGUAGGGUUUGCUGAUUGUCACAUCACCUGCAGGUGUCAAAACUGACUACAAAUCGCCCUGCCUGCAAUUAUUUAGUGCAAGAACUUAUAAAAAUAAGAGUGGAAACAACUAGUAAGUACAACUGGUGCAUAGAUGUCUAUCUGCCUUCUCUUACAAAGAUUUUGAACUUGGCACUUGCAUCUUUUCCAUGCUCUCAUCUGUCCCACAUAGUUUCCGAUAGCCAUGUAUGAGCAACUUAACAUUGCCCAAUGUUUUAUUUUAUUUAGAGAGCAAGACCCAGAUCUAAAGCUAGGGUAAUCUAUCGUGCAUUUUGACGUAAAAAUGUUGAAAAGCUGACCACCAUUGCAUGUCUUCUUGUCUUUCCUGUUGCUACAAACUCUGUGCAGUGAAACCAACAAGGAAAGGAGCAAGCUGAGAUGUUUUUCAAAUCAGCUUCGUGUUUGGGAACAGAGUGGGUGAAAUUAAUUAGAUGCCUUGUUGUGAUCCUGGUUCACUUAUUGUUGGCUUACUCGCACAUCUCAUUCACUUCAUAAUUGUGCUACAAUGAAACUUGCGGAUUAAAUUGUUCUGUUCUGGCGUGAACAUUAAAAAAAGUUAUUGGGAAAAAAUUACCAUGUAGAGAAAAGUGAUCAGCAUGAAAAGUUUCCUUUAAAGGAGUACUGACAUCACAUUUUCAAAUUGUCACAUUUCUGCACGAAGUUAAGGUUCAAGCCCUCUAAACCUUAGAAAGAUAUAUACUAGCAAGCAUCAUAGCACCUCACAUAGUUUACUAAUACACCGAUUUCUAGAAAGGAAUUCCGGUUUUGCUACACAGGAGGUGGAUUUGUCAUGACGUCAUUAUGCAUUGGCUCACUUCAUUCCAGCGAUCUCUACAGUUGCCACAGCUAUGUUUAUUUUUUACGAGCAACAUCAUGUUUCCUAGCUUUAUUGACGUCAGUCAAUAAAGCUAGGAAUCUACAUGACAUCAGCAAAUAUAGCUCUGUGUCACGACGUCACAGUAAUGUUGAUGAUGCUAGGUCUGGCAUUUCGAGACCAGCCUUUAUAUAAAAUUAAGAUACCCUGCAUUUCCCCAACUUUUAUACUCGCUAUAUGUCACCUUUCUAUGUGCGAGAAGCAUGUGGUUGGGUUUACGUAACUUCGAAAGUAUCUGCCAGUGUUCCUUUGAACGAUUCUUGAGCUGUUGUAUGCGCAUUGCGAGUAGACGUUGGCCCCUCUAGCCUACUUCCGCAGAUGCUUUGCAAGAUAUGCUAGAGGGAGCUUUAGCUUUCAUUAGAUACUUUGGCUUUGCGAAUGAAUAUUGUUCUGCAAGCAAUUCAAUUACUUCAAAUUGACAAGGUCUGCAGCAUGUACAAAGUGGUUGAAAAUGUACGGCUUGCUGUUAAAAUGAGGUUACCAAUCAGGCAGUGCCUGAAAAAAAUUGACUUUCAUUGCAUCAGUAACCAACAGUACCUUUCCACCAAAAUUUUAAAAAUUGUUCCAAGUCUUGUUGUGUUACGAGCACGGCACAGUGUAGCAGUGUGCGCAGCAGUUGCUCACAAAAAAUAGGAGGGAAGCCAUAGCACAAGUUCUUGCACUUGCAUUUGUGAUGAUCAUAUGUGUUCAGGGCAACGCCGAGUGUUAGUGAGUGUAGCUUCCAAGCAAACACUACAACUGAGUGUGCCUACUUGUUGUAGCACCAAGUUGCCAUGGUGGCCGUGGUCCACGAGUGUGUGCCGGGGGGCUUUCAUGUUUUUGAGUGGCAGUGCGUUGAAGAAUGGAAUGUUUCUAGUUUUGUGCGAGCUCCAUAGACUAGACCAAAAUGAUAAGGGAGGGAAAGAAUGGAGGAGUCAUUUUUAUGAAGCAAAUGUAGAUAGGAGAGUGAGCAAGAGAAUAAAAAAAGAAACAAUCAAGUGUGUGUGUAUGCUUGCAAAAUGUGAUGGCAUUGUUUGUUGAUGAGAGAGAGAGGAGGUUGACGUGUUGUUGUUUGUACGCUGUCUUGGAGACACAUUCAGAGGAGAGAGUUUAUGUAUGAGCGGCAAGUUUUUCCAGUUGUCUGACAUCUUUCUGUAAACAUUUCUAUUUUUUUUUCCCCAUUUCUUAUGUCUGUGACAGCAACAUUUUCUUUAUCAAUUUGAACAUGCAGCAUGUAUCAGUUUGCCUUGUAUUGCAACUUUGAUGUUUUUAGCAACUGUGUUUGCUACCGACAGCACAUGAAUGUUUGCCGAUCCAUUCUGUGAGCACCAAACAUUGAUAAAGUGGCCAUUUGAAUACUUGCUAUUGAAAAAAAAACGGGCUUAUUUGAAACGUUAGAGUGCAUCUUUUCUUUCCUAUUUUUUAGGAGCCCCUCGAGUAAAUCAACUUCAGAUUAGUUUUUAUUUAUUUGUUGCUUCCUGUCAAAGUUAAGACAUGCUGGUGCUGCAUUUUUGAUCAAUAAAUUUUUUU